GAUGUGAUAACGGUAACUAUGGUGAUAAAUGCGCCAAUCAAUGCAAUACUAAUUGUAAAGAGGGAGACACAAUAUGUAGACAUACAGAUGGAGAAUGUUUGAAUGGUUGCCAGGCAGGGUGGAAUGGUAAAACAUGUGAUUCAAAAUGUAUGUCCGGAAAGUUUGGUCAAGGAUGUGAGAAGAAUUGUCCGUCAAACUGUUAUGGCGAUGCAUGUGGCUUUAUCAAUGGCAAUUGUGUUGAAGGUUGCAAGCCAGGUUUUCAAGGAAACAAGUGUGAAGAAAAGUGCCAAGCCGAAAAAUAUGGUGUAGGAUGUAAAGAGAAUUGUUCAGCAAAUUGCAAAACUCGUGUUUGUAAUCAUGUCAACGGCAAUUGUAGUGAAGGGUGCAACCCGGGUUAUCGAGAAAAGACGUGUGAAGAAGAAUGUAAUAACGGUAACUAUGGUGAUAAUUGCGCCUAUCAAUGCAGUGUUCAUUGUAAAAAGGGAGGCAUAAUAUGUAGACAUACAGAUGGAGAAUGUUUGAAUGGUUGCCAGGCAGGAUGGAAUGGUAAAAAAUGUGAUUCAAAAUGUUUGCCUGGGAAAUUUGGUAUUCAAUGUAAGGAGAGUUGUCCUUCAAAUUGUAAACAUGAUGUGUGUGGUUAUCUUAAUGGCGAUUGUAAUGAAGGGUGUAAGUCAGGCUUUCAAGGAAACAAGUGUAAAGAAAUUUCAGAUAAGGUUUUAAGUGACACAAAACCGUGUACAGGAUGUCAUGAAACACCAAAACUGAAAAUAGGUUUGAUAUGUGUCGGAAUCCUUUGUGCCAUUCUUGUUGUGUACGCUACAGUUAUAACGAUCUUGUGUAAACGUAAUACAACGCAUAACAAACAAGAUGGGACUGGUGGCAGUUGCAAUGAAAGGAGCUAUGAUUAUGCUAAUGCAAAUGUAACGAAUAUAAAAGAAACUGUAACAGCUGUAGCAGCAACAGUAGCAGCAUCUGAACAAGCAAGACUUGACGAUGAAUAUCAUCAAUAUACAGAUCCUACUCCCGAUACGAGAGAUGUCGGAGCAACAUAUGAAAAUAUUCAGCUUGAAUGACCAUUACUAUAAAAAAAAGUGUUUCAUAACGUGUUUUGACAAGGUGUUUAGUGUACUCCCUUACAAUCUAAUGAAUUUGUUCAGUCCUUUAGAUUCGAUAUGACAAUGAUACUUCUUUUAAUAGGACUUUGUCCUUUAAAAUAUUAUGUGCGUUGCGUUGAAUAUUAUGUUAAAACAGCCACCAGGAUUGUCGCACACUUCACUACCAUUUAAAAGUGUCGUUAACAUUAAUUAAUCAUUUUACAUUAUAUAUUUAGGGUUGAUUAAGAAUAAUUGACUAAAAUUACGCAUUUUUUUCAAAUUCCAAUCCGAUUAUUUUCCGGCAUUAUAUAUUUCUCCAAUCGGUUUUCUUAUUAUCUAAGAAUGUGUUUAAUACGUAUUUUAAUGCAUUAUCUUCAUUCUUGAUGAAUCAAUUUAAGCAUUUUUCGAAACAAUGAAAAGGGUUUUUCCAUUUAUUGUAACUGGCAAAAGUUUCGACUGGAAUAAACCCUUACUGAAUAUUUUACCUAUUGGAUUUUUUUUUCAAUAUUUUUUGAGAAAUAAAUUAUAUCGGAAUUAAUUCAAAUGAAAAUUUAUCCUAUUUGAAUUUUAAAAAAAUACUUAAGAUAGGUUUAUGUAUUUUCCAGACUAAAUAAAGGUAAAAUGCAUAGGUUAGUAAAAAUGACCGUUUCACAGCAUUGUUGGAAUAAUUUCAGAUAUCCUUUUCUUUAUGCUGAUUAAAAUAAUGUACUGAUGAAUUCGCUGUCUCCUUGCGGAUAAGAAGAGACAUAUCACGGGGCAAUCAAAAUAUUAGAAAUUUCAGACUUAGAUUUAGCAAAGCUUUUAACUGAAACUUAUUUUAAAAUUGUUUUGUAUAAACAACCAGUUUUGAUAUGUACUUAGGCUUAUGACAUCAAUCAAGGAUGUCGCCCUAUAAAUAUUAGGGUUGAACACACUAACUUCUAUAGUGAGUAAACCAGGUAUCCAUACUUAUCUACUUAGGAAAUAACAUCGGCCUUGACAGGUGUAUUUCGGCUAUUUAACACUGAUUUGGAGUUUUGAUGCGUAGAAAUUGACCACGAAGGCUAAGGCCUGAAUGGUUAAUUUUGUCGCAUCAAAACGACAAAACCGGUGUUAAAUAGCCGAUAUACACCUCUCAGGCCGAUGUUAUUUCGAUUCUAAACGAUAAAAUAAGGAAAAUCACUUAUGUUAUUUUUCAAGCGGAAAUAACUUCCGGUGCCGAUUUUCGUAUAACGCUG